CGCUCUUCAAGACUCAGUUCUCUGUGCGACAGUACCCUUUUGACGUCAGCCUUAUGAUUCUAUUAUUCUUCAAUAGUAAACGAUAGGUUAUUGCUUCCAUAAUCGAGAAACCCCCUUUCCGAGAUCUCCCGAUAUUGAUUUCUCGGGGGCUUCAAACGUCUUAAGCAAUAUGGUGAAUGCAUUACAUCGUCUCCGGACUAGGAACAUCCACUUCAUAUUUGACUGGGAUGGCACCAUCACAACACAAGAUACCAUUGGUUUUAUGGGCAAGAUUGCCGAGACCAAGUCUACGUCGGAGAGCACGUGGGCUGACUUAGAAGAGCACUACCUGGCCACUCACCGCAACCACGACGAGAGCUAUGAGCCUAAGAAAGCCGAAAGAAGCACUAUUGCAGAAGAGCGAGAAUGGCUUCGUAGCCUGCGGUCGGUUGAAGAAUCAAGCACCCGCAAAGCUGAGGAAGUUGGACUCUUCAAAGGAGUUACAGCUGCCGACGUUCGAAACAUAGCGUAUCAAGUUAUUACUGAAAGCGAAGUUGCAAUCAGAAAUGGUUGGGGGGAACUACUCGCAGAGAUCGAUAUUCGCCAGAAGAGUCAAACCCCGCCGAAUCUGGACAUGGUUUCCAUUGUCAGCGCCAACUGGAGCCAGCUUUUCAUCAUGGAAUGUCUGAAGACCUCAAAGUGCCCUAUGCAUUUGUCCAUACCAGAAGAGCCAGGAGAGUUGCGAGGAAAUCAAGCACACACUAUCAGAAUCUACGGGAACGAAAUCCAAGGCCUCCAUUCGAAGGCAGGUUCGUCCGGCCUACUAUGCCAUUCAAACGGCAGAGACUUCAGAACCAGCGAUGAUAAAUCUAAAUGGAUUCAGGAAUGCAAUGAAGCCAAAGCCGGUGAUGCGGAGAAGCCCUUCGUCAUCUAUUUUGGAGAUAGCAUGGGAGACUUUGAUGCUCUAUUGACAGCAGACCUUGGAGUUUGCAUCAGGAAUGAACCUCCAAGCAGAUCACAGCAACAACUACUUGAAACUUUCGAGAGACUAGACAUACAUGUUCCACACAUAUUUGACAAGGGCAUUAUCGCAGCGGAAAGCAUAGUCUGGGCAUUCAAUUUCGAAGAAGUGGCGGAGGCUAUCAAGAAGUCAUAAUUCCGGUUUCGGUUAACUGAUCACGUGUCGGCAUUCAUCCGGGCCAACUUACUGAUUCUUUACUUUAGAGGUGCUCUAGCAUCUGAUUAGGACCAGCUCUUUUCAAAGGCGAGUCUCUCUCAAGCGAUACCAUCCGAGUACAGUUCCGCAAGGCAUUCCGCCUUUUCAACCCGUUCUCUUGCAGCAUGACGAGGAGCUUCAUUUGAAAUGUAUUCUACAGACAGAAAAUUGGACAAGUACGCCCUAUGUAGCUUGGUAAUCCGUAUUGCAUAUCGGAGAUCGCCUCAACUCAAUCAGCCUAGCACUUUUUCCUGGAUGCGGAUCCCCA